UUCCUAACUCUCUCCAUCAUCAUUUUUUGCCUUGAAAAAGCUUGGGGAGUCAGCUCAGCUUGAUGGUUAUAGCUUUAUCUCCUCUGCUCAUGGACAAGCACACAUGGUCAAUAAUAAUACUGCUCGAAAGCUAAGCAGACCAUCAAAACAGGAGAAGUUGUUUGUUUGUGCUGAGUGAGGGGUUUGAUAUACAAUCAUAUAUAGUACUGUUCUUGGCUGAGUUUUUCUGAUAUGGAGAAUAAUCAAACAUUUAAAUCUCUACUCACUGAUGGGAUUUCACCUCUUAAUUAUACAGCCAUGAACAACUCCUUUGUUCUUCAGUCUUCUUUAUUCGAUCAUCAUUAUCAUGGUGAUGAUCUCAGUUAUUAUAACCCUUUGAUAGAUUCCUACAAAAGAAGUUUCACUAGAGACGAAGUCUCCUUACUUGGCGGGGUUGGCACUGAGUUACAAGAAGAAACAGCUAACUUCAUGGCUGCAAAGGCAGCUGGCCAUGGCCAUGGCCAUGGAGUUCAAGAAAGCCUCGACGACUUAGCCAUUUCGGUUCCUCAUCAUAUGUACUCACCUUGUUUUGUUUCGAACCAAGACAACUCCUCUUAUGUUAGUUUUGAAAAUCAGUACUGGGGUGAUAUAGAGCUCGACCACCUUAGUGGGAAAACUUCUGAAUUUCAUCAAACGUUUGAUGAAAGUGUAUGGACUAAUAAUAAUAAUAAUAAUAAUCUCUUUCUAUCACUGGCCACAUCUCAGCCCUCUGUCACCACAGGCCUAGGCCAAUGCUCGGACAUGUCUGGCUCUGUUGCUGAGCCUAAUAGUGGCAACACCGAGAAAAUAAUGCUGGUUUCCGAGCAAAAUUCUUGCCACAACAGCAAAGUGAUAUCAGGAUCGAAAUAUCUUUCUGCAGCUCAACAAAUUCUAGCUCACGUUGCAGGCUUUUCGCUCGGAAAACUCGAUCACGAUCAUCAUUAUUGUUCGAGUAGUAUGAACUCUUGCUCAUUCUCAACAAUGUCAACAAUGGAUUCGACCUCCGAUGGUGGCUUCAGGCUUCAAGGAGAAACUACAUUAUUCGAAUCCCACCAACAAUUAACCGAUGAAAGAAAAACAGACAAGUUAUUGUUGUUGUCUCUGCUACAAAUGGUUGAUGAUCGUUACAACAAGUGUUUGGAAGAGAUUCAUUCAGUGGUAUCAGACCCUCAUAUACAUGCUCGUUUUGCUCUCCAAACAAUCUCUGUAUUGUACAAAGGCUUGAGAGAAAGGAUCAAGCAUUGCCUGGCCAUGGAAGCUACUGUGAGUUUCGAUCAUCGUGUCAAGGAAAAGGGUUUCGAGACCUCUUUUAUACAGAAACAAUGGGAUCUUCGACAGAAGAAGAAGCAGGAGCGGUUAUGGAUACCCCAGAGAGGCUUGCCUUUGAAAUCUGUGUCUGUUCUCAAAGCUUGGCUGUUUGAAAACUUUCUUCAUCCGUAUCCCAAAGAUGACGAGAAGCAUUGGCUUGCUAUAAAGAGUGGGUUGACAAAAAUCCAAGUAUCUAACUGGUUUAUGAACGCUCGAGGUCGGCUAUGGAAGCCAAUGAUACUUGAAAUGGAAGCAGAACUGAACAAAAUAAAGAAAAGCAACAAGAACAAAAGAAUUAGUAUCAACCAUAAAAUUAAUCAAAUUAGAGAAACAAUUAAUCUCGAUUAAUGAACAAGAUGUUACACAC